GAUAACUGAUUACAAUACAAUACUUUGUCUAAGGUCGUCGAGAGCUUUAGCAAGAAGACUAAUUUUUGAUCUUUUCAAUAUCAGAUUAUUGCUUAUUAAAGUAUUUAAUGCAUUUAUGCAGUAAUUAUUAAACAAAUUUAAGUAUGACUUUAUGCAAUAGUUUGUAAACUACGUGUGACCUUGGGGAAAACAGCAUAAACCUUUAUGGCAGGAAGGUGAUAAAAUGGCUGAUAAACAUAGUUUAAAUUAUGAAGUGAGGGAAUUGAAGUUGGGUUCAAGCUUUACAAAUAACAAAGUUUCCCAGUAUCAUACCAUUAAAUAUGAUUUCAAACCAGCUUCUGUGGAUGUUAACAAAAUGGCUACUGUAGAUGUUGGUACUAAUAACCAAGUAACUGUUACAGUACCACAUUUAGAUGGAGCUGGAGUUCCUCAGACUGUAUUUAAAGGAAGUCAACGGCCAUAUACAAAAGAGUGUGUACUUAUAAUAGACCGAGUCACAGGCGAGAUCACUCUUGAAAAACUCUCUAGUAAUAUACAAGUUAAGAAAACUAGGCAAGAAUCGGCUGUAAAGCAGAGACCUCUAACACCAAUAACAGCAGACAUGACAAAUACUACACAGAGAUCUACAUCGCGUACGCGAGUAGCCACCAACAAACGUGUACAAAAUAAUCCAGCACCUACAGUAACACCGGCUCCUCAGAUGACAAAUCAUGCCCGGUUCAACGGAGGCUCGCAGAAAGCACAAAACAUGGUCCGUUCUCCUCCACGGGUGAAAACAUCACCACCACAGGCUCCAUGGUCUGCUGGCGGCAACAGUACAUUGGCCUCGUUGCCGAUGAUUGGUUUCGACGAGGCGCCGUCCGCGUCAGCAGCGCCGAGCCUACCGCACGUGACGCCCGCCGUGACACAGAACGUGACGCAGAACGUGACACCCAACGUGACGCAGAACGUGACACCGAACAUGCCGCACGUGGCGCACAGACAUACCCCCGCACAGAUACCGCCCGCACCGCAAGUGCAGAGACAAGAGGACAGUUCGUCAAGUUCAUCCAGCGAUAGCGAUAGUGACAGUGGCAGCGGUAGUGAUAGUGAUGACAACGACUCGAGCGCGCGUCAGGCACUCCCUAACGGAACUGCAAGUAACCCAUCGUUACCAACAGAUGUGCUCAACGACGAUCUGUGCCUCUCUGAGUCCGGGAGUGACUCCGACUGACCUCAACUCAACUCUUUAUUUACAUUACCAUAUUUUAUUUGACAGUCAUUUAAUUAGUGUUCUUGCAACCAACAAAAGUCAAAUCUGCCAAAUAUAACAAUAAGGAUAUGGCAGUUGGCUUUUUUUUAGAUUAGGUUUUAACAUUCUAGGGAAACAGAAAACCUUCUAGCAAAGUGCCUUGUUAUUCAUGUAAAAACUGGAGCGAUAUUUGUCUUAUUGUUUAGUCAUUGAGUAGUUUGGCCAAAAACAACUGGCAAGUUACAAUUUAUAUUAUACUAAGUAUAUAGCAACUCGAAAAAAAAUAGGGUUGUCAAGAUGUCAGUUGGUUACUUAUUUGCAAUUUGGUGGUCUAAAUAAUAUAAGAUUUUUUUUUAUUUCAUCGUAAUUUUAGUCUAAACCACUAUGAACUACUCGGGAAAAAAUGGGAUUCCCCUACUCGGGCGUAUUAUGGCCGUUGGCUAUGCCUCGUGUCCAACUUGCUACAGCCUUGUAGGAAUCAAAGAAUGAACAGUUUCAAAGAUGUAUAGUAAUAAAGGAUUCUAAAAAAUAACUCGGUUUUGAUGUAAACAUUGAGAUUAAUAAUAUUUUCAAUAAAAUAAAAGUACAUAUCGAAAAUGAAGCACCAAUCAGAGUUAACUCGCGUUCUAAUCGUUUUUUGACGCGUGACGAUGCAAUGUCAUCGUGACACUCGAGGAAUUUCGCGCGUAAUUUUGAUAACAGCUUUUGCUGAGAUAAUAAUAUAUUAUAUAAAACAGGUUUUUUUUUUCGGAAAUAGAAGUCGUGUACCAAUAUUAUAGACGGUGAAUUCGAAAUCUCGAAUCAUGCCUAUUUUCUUUUUGGUGAACAAUGAUUGGUAUGUUGCAAAUGUCAAUGUCAAAUAACAACUCCUAUAAAUAGUAAGAGCAAUUGCCGCCAAACCUCUAUAGCUUAUCACAGCGUAGCGAAACUCUCUAAGAAAAAGGGAUUGUAUGAAACAUGUAGUCAUUGUUAGAUUGACAGAUGACGGCUAUAAUCUUGUAAAAAACCGGUGCUAGCCGAAAUCCACAACGUUAUAAGCAACUGUUCGCUUUCAAACGUGGCCGGAUUGUACUUCGUCGCCAUAUUGUUAUUACUAUUUUUAAACUUAUCUCAAAUCACUGCACGGUUCAUACUAGACUAAAUUUAAAUUUUUACUUAUUCUGUCCUGCCUACAUAGUACGUAGUAUUUACAUCAUUUUUGGCACAUCAGGUAUGGUUAUUAACAGACAUGUAUUUGUCAACGUAUGACAAAUGACAGGUCGCAAAAACUGACAACCCUACGGGGUUCAACCAAUUAAGGGACAAAAUUUAUUUUUUUGACAGAUUUGACGGCUCUAACUCAAUUGUUUGCAACUAAAUUAUGUCCCACGAUUACUGAGUAUAAUAUAACGUAUAUACGUUGCUCAGUAAUCGUCGGUUGCCAUAUGGCAAAUCUAAGCCGAUGGAAAAUAUAUUAUACAAGUUUUAUAUUGAAGCAUUAUUUUAUAUAAAAAUUAACAUUGCGAUUAUAAAAUUCAAAUUAUUCAUCGUAUUACCAAAAUCAAAUUUAAUACUUAGUAUUUUUACUAAUAUUUGAUCACUUCAAUAGGUAAGUAUAUAAAAAAAUUGUAAUAAAAUUGUUAUUUAAGUAAAGAUUUUUAAUUUUAAUUUGCCGCUCGCUUUGCAGGCAACGGUAGGUACUUAACUGCUUCUUUUGUUAUUAUAUUUUUGUAUGCCAUAAUUGUAUUUCAUUUUAACUUAGAUAAUUUAUACGUCUAAAUAGAGCCUCUUGGUGUUAGACAACCGAUGAUGACAGGCCAGGUUUAUUACUUUAGUUUGUGUGAAAAGUUACGUCUCACGCUCGCGAUUUGUAUGUCAAAAUAGAGGUUAACAGUCAACCCCAAUUUUUUCUAAUAGUCCAAUCUAGACGUAUAAAUGAUCUAAGCAUUUUAAAUAUGUAUAUAGUGUUAUUUAAUAACAGUAAUGAUAUUGUUAAAGAAUGAACUGAAAUAAUUCAGUUCGUACUCGGCUUUGACUCUUCAGACAAGCAUGAAGUUGUUAGUAAUUACUUAUUUCAAACAAUAAGUAUAUUAAAAGUAUCCCAAAUUUAGGAGAUGGGUAUAGUUGUUGGCCAAAACUGUUACCAAUUUGAUUUAAGUUAUACUGAACUAUAUUUUGUUCAGACUUACAACAUUUUGGCAACAAAUUCAAAUGCAUUAUUUUAUUAUUAGGAAUGUGAUCUUUUUAAUGAUCUAUGCUCGCAAUUUUGUCUGCGUGGAAUUCGCUUAUAUCGUGCUUACUAUGAAACUUAAACAUGUAAAUUAAAGGCAAAGUUACUUCUAUAUUUACCCUCAAGAGAUGUGACGACCCAACGUUUGUGAUUUAGUACAAGCGAACUACCAUUCUAUUCGCAUUUAACCCUCAAUCUUAUUACAUGGUUGAUGUAGGUACUCGGAAUAAUUCCUAAUCAAUUUGUUAUGCUUUUAAAGUGAUAACCCUCACUUCUAGGAUUAAUACAUAAAUAAAAUUUUAUGAACGAUGCGGGACUCCAACCCAAGCGGGUGCUCUUCCAACAGAUUUCAAUUUCCUAAUAUGUAAAUACUGGGGUUGAGCAGGUUAUCAACUGUAAAGUAGAUCCUGUAGAUGGAGCCAUAACCUGUGAGUUGAACAAAACAUGAUUUUAUGACGAUACGUUAGCUCAGUUGGAAGAGCACUCGCACGGUACGCGAGAGGUCGUGGGUUUGAGUCCUGCAUCGUUCAUAAAAUUUUGUUUUCCACUUUUAUUUAUGUUCACCACCGAUUCUGAUCUGAGAUUAUCUGAAUUAUUCCUAGAUUGCCAAUCUCACAAACAAAAAGUACAAGAAAUUUAAAAACUAUAACACAUUUUUUUAUUUUUUAAAUAACCCUCAUUUUUGGGAUUUAUUACACAAAUUAAAUUUAUCAACGAUACGUCACUCGAACGGUUGGCUCAGUGGAAGAGCGCUCGACGGAACGCAAGAGAUCGUUCAUAAAUGUUGUUUUCAAAUAUAAUUUGUUUACUUACAACAGGCAUCUAUUAAAAAUAUAUAGGGUGGGUUUAUUGUACUAAAUUAGCACUAUGUAAGACGAUUUCAUAUUUUUAUUAGCAUUUAUUGUAAUUUAUUACAUAGUCAACACGUCACAGGCCGUUUCGUGACGUGUUUCCAUAUAAUUGUUAGAUUGAGUGUAUUUUGAGCAUAGACUUAAUAUUACAUACUAGCCGUAUAGACAAACUGACCUAUUUUGAUUUGUCAAUGAGAUAGCUAGUGGUUUAAUAUUCAAAAUACUAUGGAGCUAACUUCAAUCGUGGCUGACUAUUUACGACUUGUUGACAACAAAAAUAAUUCAGCCGGAAGACGUCCACUGUUGGACAAAAGAUCGUCAUGACGAUCGGUCCUACGCUGCCCUUAUCCACCCUAUUCCGGCGAUCUUGACCAGAUCGUCGGUCCAUCUUGUGAGAUACCAACGUAUGUGGUUGCCAUUCGAGUACCUUACUGCCAAAAAGGCCAUCUGUCCGUCUAGCUAUGUGACUGCCCCUUCAGUUUCGCAAUGAUUUAUAAAACAAUUAAAAUGUACAUCUUGACUUAAAAGAGUGGCAAUGAGUUACUUGCUACUUCUUCUCAUUAGCUCAACCCUUUACGAUGUAGCGGUAAAUUCAAUAAGAACAAUUUUUUUUUGACAUUCAUAAGUGUCAUUUCCGUGACCUACAUGAAUAAAGUGUUCUUGAAUUUUAAUUUUAAUCAUUUGGGCUAUGUUGGUGACUUUGGUUCAAUUCUGAUUCGAUCUCGUAGGAAAACUCCUAGCAUAGCCAUAACUCCAUUGCCCGCUGAGCAACAAUGAGCUUCCUCAUAAGGCCUUCGAAUUGUCAAUCAAAAUAGGUGACAGUAACAAAAGAUUCGAUUUCCUUGUCUAUCUUGCUGUAUAUCUGUUGGAGAGUUUCUUCUCUCUCGACCGCUUUGUUUGUCUAUACGCUCGUAUAAUGUAACUCUAUGAGACGCAGACGACCUCGACACAGUGCAGCUGAGAACAAUCUGGCGACCAGGCACUGACCUGUAUAAAUACCACUGUACCGGCUGUUCCAUACGUUUGACAGCAAAUUUUUUGUGCCUAUUUGAAGCGCCACUCGCGAGCGUCCAGAGAACUAAUUUUGACGUAUAAUACAAAUGGCUGCGAAGGAACGUACAAUUAUACUCUAAAGUAUUUUUGCAUUUAGAAUGAGUUUCGUUUGUUUUCCUCGUUAUUUAAACUUCAAUAAUCAACGUAAUAAAGUACACUAUUUUUUUUGCAAGCAUUUUCCCACCACCUAUUGAUGUUUGCUGAGGUUGUCAUCUCUAGUUUUAGUACCGCAGACUCUCGCUACAUGGCCAACAGCGCCAAAAUGGCGAAAAUCAAACAGGCACAAAACCAUGUUGACAGCCGCCAGUCCAGUGGUAUAUAGUAGAAGUAAGUGAUUGAUUGCCUAACAUCAAAAUAGACCUAUUGCAUUAGCCUCUUUAAAACUUUAAGCCUUCUAGUGGGUACACAUAUGAACGAAAUACCAAGAAUCCUUUCAAGAAAACCCGAGUACCAAUGAAACUGGUUUACCCGAAUUAGAACUGCUAGACCCUUGUUGGUGUUGGAGCUAAGGAAUCCAAAGUCGGAAUGUUAUUAAAUUUUCAUGCUUGAUUUUUCAUCGCAUGAAAUCCAAAUUUUGAAAGUAGGUACUUCCAAAUAAGUGCUUAAUAAAUUGAACACCAUUACUACAUACUUAGCUAUAGCAAAUAUUUAAUUGCAGUCAUUUUAUGCGAAAUGUAAAUAGAUCGAAUUUAUAUAAUCAAAGAAAUUUAUAUAUAAAACAUUAUUUGAUUGGUUAAAAUAAUGAAGGAAUGGAAUUUUAUAAAAACAACUGGACGUAGUUCCUGAAAAACGUUCCAAGCCACAUACAUCACAUUUUAAGGAAUUCGUGUUUAAAGUUUAAUAAUUAUUAGUGUAUUCCAUACAUGUGGGUUGGGCUACUAAGUCAUGAUGUCGUUUAGAGUGACAGGAGGGCUGCCAUUUUUUUCAGUCCAUUAAUAUGAAUCACGUGACUAGUUUUGUUUUCGUAACUCAAUUUCGAUAUGAUUGUGGUUUGGAAGGUUUUUCUGGAAUUACGCCCAACUAUUGUUCAUACCUAAAUAAUUUACAAAAAAAAAAUAAGCAAUAUUUAUAUAUUAAACAAUAUAUACCUUGCUAUUAUUACUGGUUGAUCAUACUAUGCGAGAUGGAAGUGAUUAUUUUAUUAUAAUAAUGAUAUUAUGCUCAAGUUUUGAGUCAUUAAAUUAUAAGAGAACAUAUUACCGACAUGUUGCAAGAUAACUGUUAAUAUUAAUAUUCAAAAGUGCCUCUAUAAAUACAGAUAUAUGUUUUUCAAGCUGAUAUUUUUGAAUAUUUAGAUGUUAUUGUUCGCCUUAGCGUGUAGCAUAUGCCGUGCCAAUAAAGAAUAAUAUGAUAGGAGCUUGUAUAUUUGCGAAAUCACUGCUCAAAGUAAAAAAAAUCGUUUCAUAUUAUUGAUUUCAUGGACGAGGAUGAUGACCGAACCAACAAGUGAUUUUGGCCUUUUAUUGAUAAAUAAAAAAAAGGGGAAUGUACGCUUAUAAAUGCACGCAAAAAGUUGUGCUUCUUUGACGUUAGAAAAAAAAAGUGUGUGUGUACUUAUGUAUGCACGCAAGAAGUUAUACUUCUUUGGCGUAACAAAGUAAAAAUCCUUUAAAUUAUUUAUUCCUCCUACUAUUCUACAAUAUUGUAAAAAACUUGCAAAGUUGGCUUUGACAAUUAAUUAUUAAAUAACUAAUAUGUAUAUGGCUGUAUGGGCUUGAACCCUUUGCCUUCCUAAUAAUGGACGAAGGAACAAAAAAAAAAUAACGAAUAUCGCAAGCGUCAGAAAAUCUUAGCAACCAACUUCACCCUGUUACUUUUUUCUUACAGUGAUGCGAGCGCAUCUUAAAAUUUCACUCUCAUAACUUUUUCAUAACGCGCCUUAAGAAGUAUAACUUCAAAAACUUUAAAGUAGCAAAAAUUAUAAAAUGAUCGAUGAAACACAUUUGAUUAAAAUACAUGCAUGUAUACUGACGUAUGUAUUAAUUUUUUAUCCCCGUAGAUAUAAAUCACGUGUGUUAAAGAUUCGUAAAUAUUUGAAUAACCAAUUUAAAUAUUGUUAGCUACUAUGCAGACAAUGCACUACAUAGUAGUUAACAUGAUAAUUGAAGAGAUAUUUAGAAACCAACUUCAACCUGUUACUUUUGUGUUACAGUGAUGCGCGCGCAUCUUAAAAUUUCACUAUCAUCAUUUUUUCAUAAUGCGCCUAAAGAAGUAUACCUUCUAAAAUGUUAUCUAUAUGUCACGUAACAGCCGUGAGUUGUUUCAGCUGGCGGCGUGUCGUAGACUAAAGGUCUAAGUCGCAUCCUGUGCUAUUAAGUCUCCCACUGGUAGUUUUCUAACCCCCUUAUUCAUAAUGGUCCGCUAACUUAAAACAGCCGCUAAGGAGUGUUGUUUCUCUUUCUGACUUAUGUCAAUAGAAGAAGACAGAGUGAGAAUUAGCAAUGCUUUAAGUUAGCAGAGUAUUACGAAUAAGGGGGUAACAAAUUAGCUAUUUGAGCCUGCUAGCCUUAACACCACCCAGAUUAUUCCUGGUGCUUUCUCAGUAAUGCAUGAAAAAUGAAUAAAAGCCUCCCCAAUCCUCGCAAAUGAACGCUAACAAGAAGCCUCAAUUAAAAAUGCGUAUAGUUCAUAUAUUUGUGCAGUGUCUGAAUACGCCAACGCGUCACACUUACACCAUAAAUUAUCGAUCCGUCUCUAACACACGCGGUCAAGCUUGUCAGCGUGACAAAUCAAUCGCCUGAUUACGAAAUGUAGGCAGUGUGAUUUUUAAUCUAGUAGCUUCAUAUUAACAAUUAAAAUAAACCGAAAAUAAUUUUUGAUUGAUCUUAUAUGAUUUUUUUAUAUUAAUCUGUAUGAUAAAAUAUAUAAUUGGUGGGUACUGUGAACGUUAAAUGACCAAUCAGAUACUGACGUUUUGUCUAGUUUUGACAGAUGGCAAUUGGCAACAAGCGCCAUUUUGAAUUAUACUUAUUGGCGCGGCUGAAUAGGAGUAAUGAGUAUGUACUGCAAUAAAUUAUAAUAUUAUUAUUAUAUACAGCAAAAUUACAAAUAUACGUUAUGUGACAGUUAUAUAGUUUUACGCGCGUUGUAUAGUUAAAGUUUAGAUGAUAAUUAUGUAAAUAUAUAAACAAUGUAGUAAAUA